UCGGAAGCGCCGGAAGCGGAAGCGCGGGCGGGGCGCAAUGGCGGCGGCGGUGUCGGCCCUCAGCAGUUUGGGGCUGCCCGAGGCUGAUGUUGGGAGCGAGGAAGAUGAGGAGGAGGAAGAGGCGGCGGAGCCCGGCCCGUCCGCGGCGGCGGCGGCGGCGGCGGAGCAGAGGCGGGAGGAGCGGCUGCGCCGGUUCCGGGAGCUCCACAUGAAGCGGCACGAGGCCUGCAAGCUGAACAGCCAGGAGGUGGUGGAGGAGGACAAGAGGCUGAAAUUGCCCCCAAACUGGGAAGCCAAAAAAGCUCGGCUGGAGUGGGAGCUGCAGGUGCAGGAGAAGAAGAAGGAAUGCGCAGCCAGGGGUGAGGACUAUGACCGGGUGAAGCUGCUGGAGAUCAGCGCCGAGGACGCCGAGAGGUGGGAGAGGAAGAAGAAGAAGAAGAAUCCUGACUUGGGCUUCUCAGAUUACGCGGCGGCGCAGCUGCGCCAGUACCAGAGGCUGACCCGGCAGAUCAAACCCGACCUGGAGCAAUACGAGAGGCUCAAGGAGCAGUACGGGGAAGCUCUGUACCCCACCUCGGACAGCCUCCUGCACGGCACACACGUGCCCUCCAAGGACGGCGUGGACAGGAUGGUGGCAGACCUGGAGAAGCAGAUCGAGAAGAGGGAGAAGUACAGCAGGAGGAGACCCUACAACGACGACGCCGACAUCGACUACAUCAACGAGAGGAACGCCAAGUUCAACCAGAAGGCCGAGAGGUUCUACGGGAAAUACACGGCCGAGAUCAAACAGAACCUGGAGAGGGGCACGGCCGUGUGAGCCUGGCACAGCCCAGAUCAAACAGACAGAACCUGCAGGGGCUGAGCUCUGUGAGCCUGGCAGAGCCCAGAUCAAACAGAACCUGCAGGGGCUGAGCUCUGUGAGCCUGGCAGAGCUGGCACAGAACCUGCAGGGGCUGAGCUGUGUGAGCCUGCCUGGCCCCGCUCACUCUUGGCUCUGUUGCAGUUUUCAGACAGUUUUAAGUUCUGUCAGCGCAUUGCAGCUGUUGCUCUCUCUGCUCAGUGUUCAGUGUACUGCAGGCAAUUUGCAUCGUUCAGCUGUUUGGAGCACCCAAGUUCUGCUGUUCCUGCUCUAAAUAAACUCCUUGGGCUAA